CACACACACACACACACACACACACACACACACAGACACAAAUACACAAGUACAUACACACAUCAGACUGAUAUAGAGGAGGCACAUACAUACAUACAUGCAUAGAAGCACGCACACACACACACACCCACACACGUACACACACACACCCACACAAAACCACAGUCAACAGGGUUUCCAACAGCAGUUUCCAUAGCAACAGAAGCAGAGUGAUAGGGGAGUGGUGUUAGGUCUGAUGCAUCAUGCAUGUCUGUCAGGGAGGACCAGGACUGGAGCAGGGUGGAGACCGAGAGGGGAGAGAGCUGGACGGAUGAACGGAAGGAGAGCUCCUUCUCCUCUUCCUGGAAAAAAAAAUUCAUUCAUACAUUUCCUUCUCCUCCAGACCCCUCCCUUGCCCCCACCCUCCACGUCUCUCUCUCUCUCUCUCUCUCUCUCUCUCUCUCUCUCUCUCUCUCUCUCUCUCUCUCUCUCUCUCUCUCUCUCUCUCCCUUCCCCAGGUGCACCGCCAUGUUGGCGCCUUGCUCUCCUCUCGUUACUCCUCCCACCCUCCCUCCCCUCCUCUGCCUCUCCAUCCAAUCCUCUUGAGUCAUCUACCCCUCUCCCCCUCUCUCUCUCUCUCUCUCUCUCUCUCUCUCUCUCUCUCUCUCUCUCUCUCUCUCUAGCCCUCUCUCUCCCUGCUGCUCUGUCACACACACACACACACUCUCACAGAGGGACACACACACACUCCUGUGGUGGUCGGGAUGUGAUCGCGCUCCUGCCUGCCGUCGAUGAUCACAUGGAGCCGCGGGAUUACCAGACGCCGCCGCCAACUCCACGACACGCAGUCCUCGCUCCCCAGCCGACAGACCAGGAGAGGUGGUGCCAGGAGUAGAGCAGAGGACAGAGGAAGCACCAGGAGUAACCAGGAGGCACCAGGAGGAGAGAGGAGGCACCAGGAGUAACCAGGGGGCACCAGGAGGAGAGAGACCCCGGUGAUGGAGGUGAGCGGUGGGCCGGCGUCUGAACUCCACCCCACAGGAACCGCCCUCCCCGCCGAGGCCCUUCGGCCCGGUCCCCAGGCCCCGGCAAACCACGAUGGAGCGGACCCCCCUGCCCACACCCUUCACCACGCGGGCCUGGUACCGGGCUCCCGGGAGCCCCUGAAGGAGGACUCGGUUGGAGGUCCUGGUUCUGUGGAGCAGCCUUGUGCUCAAGUCGCUCCCUCACACAGGUCCCCAGCCGGACCCCUGCUGCACCCCAGUGCCGGACCGAGGACCCCGGUGACUCCCCGGGUGGGAGCCGAGACACACACCUCGUCACACCUCCACCAGGGACACACGAUUGGGGCCAAUAACGGGCUGCAUGUGGGUGGAGGCGGUGGCAGUGGCGGUGGUGGUGGAGGCAGUGUUGUAGGUGGUGGAGGCAGUGGUGGCGGUGGUGGUGGUGGUGGUGGUGGAGGUGACGUUGGCAACAUCCUCCAGAGCCUGCAGCCGGUCCAGAGGAGUCCCUGUGAGACCGCCCAGGUGGAGGUGUGCGGCCACUCCCCUCAGGACCCCGCCUACCAUGCCCAGAAGGCCCAGGGCCAGGUGGUGGUCGCCUGCAAGCCGUCCCCCCGCCUGCGGCGCUGCGAGCUCCUGACCGCCGCCUACCACCACCACGACUCCGGGGGUUGCCCCGCCCAGCUGCUCCAGGGGGGGCACGCCCACUUGUGCGCCCCUGAGGACUGUGUCGCGGUCAACAACCACCACCACCACCACCACCACCUCCACCAUCAGCAGCAGCAGCAGCAACACUGCGAGGAGACGAUCCGCUACAGUUCUUACGCGAACCACGGGGUCCUCGAGGACGGCUUCCCGGCCUGCUGCCACGCCCAGCCACUCCUCGGCCCCGCCCGGCUGUCCCUCUGCCUGGCCGACGUCGAGGGGGGCUGUCAGUACCAGGCGGGGGUGGCGGCCCACCCGGAGACCCCGCUCCUGGCCCUCCCGCGCCUCGUAUCGUCCGUCAGCGAGACGGGCCUGGACGCCACGCGCCUGCUGGGCUGCUGCAGCCUCAGCUGCUCCUGGGCCCGCCCCUUCCCCCCCGGGGGCGGGGGCUUCCACGCCUGGACGGAGGAGCGCCAACGCUCCACCUCCCGCCCCAUCAGCCCCGUCGCUGCCGCCAACGCCAAUGCCAACCCCCCCAAGACCGCCGCCGCCCUCCGGGACGCGGGCACCAUGACGGCCCCCCGGGAGGUGAGGGACGUGGGGGUGCAGACCAGCCUCCCCGGCCACGCCCACGUCUUCCCCCAGGUGUGUCUGAUGGAGGAGGGGGCGGGCGGGGCCGAGGGCCCCCCGGACUGGGGGGAGGGUCCCGGCAGCGGCGGGGGUCUCGACGCCAAGCGGGGCUCCCUGAAGUCGCCGGUGAAGGAGGUGAAGUGGGACGCGGAGGGCAUGACCUGGGAGGUGUACGGGGCGGCGGUGGACCCCGAGGAGCUUGGCCUCGCCAUCCAGCGGCACCUGGAGCUGCAGAUCAAGGAGACGGCCAGCCGCGCGGCCAAGCUGUCCCGCCAGGGCACCGCCACCUCGCGCCACAGCUGUGCCGGUGCCAGCGGGAAGGAGUGCGGCAAGAAGAGGGGCCGGGUCCUCCUGGGGUCGUUCAGACCGCCCGCCUGCUGCGCACGGACCACCACCGCCGCCGACUGACCACCACCGCCGUCGACUGACCACCACCGCCACUGACCACCAUCGACUGACCACCACCGCCGCCGACUGACCACCACCGCCAUCGACUGACCGCCGCCAAGCGGACAGACUGACGGACUGCUGACCGACUAAUCGUGACCACCUGAGCCAAUGACUGUGACUGACUGACUCUGAGUCACUGACUCUGAUCACCUGACUGGAACCACUGAUUCACUGACUCUGAGUCAGUAGGCGUGUUUCAGAUCAAGCUUCCGUUGCAUUGCCUCGCAUAACAUAAUGCAUUCUGGGAUAAAAACUUCAGAAAUGCUGGUGAUAACUUCCCUACACGACAUGCCACAUGGGUUUAAAAACUUGCGGGAGCUCCAGGGUAACUCCCUCUGUCUGCUUUUCUGUACAUAUGGUCUCAAAUAAAUGCAGACAAAAGACACAAAUAAAUGCAGACAUAAGACAACCAAUUACGUUGCUGUAAUUGGUUGGAAUUACCAUGUUGAAUUUCCCACGUGAGAAAUGACAUAACUCCUUUCAAAGAGGCGUGCCCUCUCCCAAACUAUGCUUAUAAAGGAUAGACGACUUUGUGAACUUUCACUUCGUCACUCAUCAUGUUAUUUUUUUCUGAGGGAAAGGGGCUUCAAACUGUUUGCAAUGAAACUACAGUUGGCGAACAAAAUCCCUGGGCUGCACUGGUCGGGCCAUCUUCUUUGUUCAAACUACGAGAAGUGCACAUGGACCUAUAAAGGAAGUGCACCUGUGUCCGACUUGACGUGGUGGGAACUUGACGUGUUUCUGACUAAUUCCGGCGGAUCUUCUCAAGUCUCGUGCAUGCAUGCGCUCAAAUGCAGGCGGUCAAAAAAUGCAGCCAGUGACUCUGAGUCAGUGACUCUGACCACCUGACUCUGAUCACAUGACUCUGACCACCUGACUCUAAUCAUCUGAAUCGGAUCACCUGACUCUGACCACCUGACUCUGAUCACCUGACUCUUAUCACAUGACUCUGACCAACUGACUCUGACCACCUGACUCUGACCACCUGACGCUGAUCACCUGACUGCACCUGAGGGCUCGUAGGGACCAAACUGGCCGGCUGCCGACCAGAUUGAACCAGUUCACUGUGUGUAGCUCCAACUGCCAUAUAGAACUGUUCUAUGCCUCAAAUGUCGCCCAAUUGUAUGAUAGAAAAACUAGCAGGGGUGAAGUCUGUAGUAAAGUCAAAGAAUGGUACGUGGAAAUGUUGUCAGUUGAAUGUGACUUGCUAUGUUUGUUUGUGAUGUCCCCCACCCCCCUCUACAUCUAACAUGAGGUUAGAUGUCACACAGGGUUUGAUGUCACACAUGGUUAGAUGUAACACAGGGUUAGGUGUGGGGGGAGGGGAUCUUGAAAGAUUCUCAAAGGGAUAUCAGUUUGGACUUCAUGAUGAAAAACCACCAAUAGAUCGGUCUUGUCUAAACUCUGGAAUGAUUUCAACAGAACAAAAUCAUUCAUAUUUCAUGAAGUGGUUUGGAGCGUCGUGAAUGUGUGAAUGUGAUUAAAUAGGACAUCAUCCGCCGGUGAUGAAAACGUUGCGAUGUUUCUAACUUCCUGUGAGGGUUCAACGUAGGAAGAGAAGGAGCACCAUGUUUUUGUACUGAAUCAGAAUGAUUAUUAACCUAACUUAGAUGUUGCUUCCCGUUAGCUGGGAUGUUAAAAACAUCUGGAACCUCUGGAAUGUACUUCUAGUGACCGGCCGUUGCUGGUUGUCUGAAAUCCUACGGGCUACACCUUUUCUCAUCAGCCUCUCCUGACUGAUUUGUCUUAUCUUAGUAUUACUUCACAGCCAAAGAAUAUUUUUUUUCAAUGGGAACAGUCCCGUGUGCAUGUGUGUGAACACAUCUAUUCCACCGGUGAACGGAUCAAUUCCAGGCCAACAUUACUGUUUUUAUUGAUGGGUACCACCGUUUCUCUAUCUACACUGUAUAUCUGCUGUCUGCUUCGGUUUCUGCCGCAUAAACAAUGUACCAUCUCUUUAUGGUCGAGGCUAGAGUCAGAGAAAAUAAUGUUGUCUUUCUUGAUUACCUGUGCUGAUAUUUUCUCCCACAGAGGCCGACUGUUUCCAUCCACCGGCAACCCCGUGAGGGAAAGCAGUUUGUCAGUGUGAAUAUUGCUUUAAAAUACCGACAUACAUUGAUAUGUCACUCGUGGUUUACGCACGCUGGAGAACAGAGUGGUCUUGUGGUUCAGGUGUUCAGGCUGAAGGGUUCUGGGUUCAAUUGCCAAUGUUCUCUGACUACCUGUAGGUGUCUUUGAGCAAGAUGUCCCCUCACCCCUACUUCUCAAUUAUAUUUAUCUAAAUUCUGCUUUUGAGUAAUACUCUGGAAACUAAUCCAAAUUUAAUUUGUUUGGACUCCGCCCCUGUGGAGACCACAGUUAAUGAGGGGAAAAGGAGAAUUUAUUUUGGUGUAAUAUGUGGGAUGACAAACCAUGUGUUAUAAUUUACAUUUAAGAUGAAACGUUUGUUCAUGAGAAUGGCUAGCCUGUGCCUUUUGAGAGACAAUGUUUAGUUUGUAAUGUUUCAGGCUUAGUGAGCUAAGUCAUGUUCUGUGAGGGCUUGUGUUAUCUAAUAAAGGAAUACAGAAUACACAA